CAUAUAUUACAAAUUAAAAUUCUCAUUUCACUUUGGCUAGCAAUUAGCAGUUGUCGAUUUAGAAGCUGCCUUUUCCAUCUGUAUUAUAAUUCUCGUUAAAGUUUGAGCUGUCUCCCCCUGGAUAGAAUAGGUGGAAUUUCAAACUUCGGGAUCCGUUUGCCAAUCGUUAAAACAUUGGCAAUUUGAAGAAGAUACAAGUAACAGUUUUCUCUUACAGAAUGGCAUUUACUCCGUAUCAACGAUUCUUGGCUCUGAUGAUGGUGGUAACUGGGUCCAUCAACUCAUUAAGUACCAAAUGGGCUGAUUCUUUGAACUCAAAAGGCUCUGAUGGUAAUGUGAGAAGUUUCUCACAUCCCUUCCUCCAGACUGCCUGUAUGUUUCUGGGCGAGAUGCUUUGUCUAUUAGUAUUCAAGCUGGUGGUUUGGAACACAAGAAACACAGGACAUAGCCUUACAAAUGGGAACCAAUAUUUCAAUCCAUUCAUCUUGAUGCCAGCAGCCAUGUUUGAUUUGAUCGGCACGUCGAUAAUGUACAUCGGUCUCACGCUGACUUACGUUAGCAGCUUCCAAAUGUUCCGCGGCUCCAUCAUCGUAUUCGUCGCUAUACUUUCUAUGACAUUCUGCGAUCGGCAAAUUAUCAGAAGGGAGACCAUGGGAAUAGUGUGCAUCGUCAUGGGCCUGUUCAUAGUUGGUGUGACAGACGCCAUGUACCCCUCCGGCGAGUCCAAGGGAAGGAACAGUCUCAUCACAGGGGACCUACUGAUCAUUCUCGCACAAGUCAUCUCGGCUUGUCAGAUGGUGUACGAAGAAAAAUAUGUGACAGUGUUGAACAUCCCUCCGUUGCAAGCAGUCGGCUGGGAAGGCGUGUUCGGUUUCUCAAUGCUGUCCGUACUGCUGGUGAUCUUCUACUGGGUGCCGGCUCCGCCGCACUUCGACAACAACCCCAGGGGCACUGUGGAGGAUAUAGUUGAUGGCCUUAUACAGAUCGGAAACAACCCGCUAAUCCUUGUGGCAACAUUGGGCACGAUCAUAUCCAUCGCCUUCUUUAACUUUAGCGGCAUCAGCGUCACCAAGGAGAUGUCUGCAACCACAAGAAUGGUCCUGGAUUCAAUCAGGACCUUGGUAGUAUGGAUGGUGUCGCUGGGCGUUAGAUGGCAAGCUUUCCACUGGCAGCAACUGUUAGGUUUCGGCAUGCUCAUCCUGGGAACAUGUGUGUACAACGGACUGAUGCCCCAAUGCAGCCGCAACAGCGACCCAUCGAACGACGAGGAAAGCCAAGUGGUCAACGCAGAAGCGGAUAUCACUGAGGAGGCUUAGGUACAAGUUUGAUAAAACAUUGUUGUAUAAAUAUUGUGAGCGUUCACAUACUACCAUGUAAUGUAUGUCGUGAAAGCUCGAUCUUAAAGCAAAUUUACGCUAGCCAAUUUUUAUGGAUCUUCAAUUUUUUAUUUAUAGUUUAAUUGCUGCGGUCAACGGCGCUUGUAAAAUACCGUUGGGAUUUGCAUGGAUAUUGGUGACUGUAAUUUAAAAUGAAUUCCCAAUAGGAUGGCAUAUUUCACUGCUGGAACAUGCAAUGCCUCCAAACUUAGCAAGUAUUCGAAUAGGAAAUGCAUUUUUUUUUUUAAUAAUUUAUAAUCUGUAAGAAUAACGUGAUAUAUAUUUUUUUGUUAAUUAUAUAUAAUAAUAAUUUUAACGCGUAACUAUCAUUAAAUAAAAAAAUAUUUGCUCAAUAUCGAAUAUCUCAUGGACUCGAUACAAAUACAAAAAGCGAAUAAAUUUGUAAAUAGUCCAUAAGCAAUAAAAUGUACUGUGGUAUAUUUAGGUAUUGUGUUUUAAAAAAAAAACACAAUCAUAGAAUGUUUCAGGCAUUGUAUUUUCAUCUUUUGUAAAACAAUAAAUUUAACAAAUAAAGCAAUCUAUUGUAUUCACGUAAUUUUAUAAAUUUGACGUUAGUAUAAUUAUUACUUGUACAGGCUAGGUUUACGGGGAUCGCGCACUACGACUUUAAGCCGCGCAAUAUUUUCUUAUUUCUGUUCUUUUAUGACGUCUUGAUUUUUCGACCCAGUUUUUUCCUAACCUCUGUCUGUUUCGAGCGGGUGUAAAAUUCUUAGUGCGCGUUAUUCCUUAGUGCACAAGCGACGGUGAACUCUAAUGUCGGGUGAGCAUAGUAAAUUUUAGGCAAAUAUGUGGGCAACUAGUGAGUUGAGUGGCUACUCACACUACAUAUCAUUGACUUUGUAUUUUUCUAGAAUAUUCUAUAUAUUUUCCUUAGUUAAAGUAUGGUGAUAUGUUUCAAUUAAUUUGCAGUAAUCGUUUAGUAUAUAGCAGCAGUUUCGAUUUGAAGGACUUUGAUGUCAACGUAAUUACUGGGUGAGAUUUAACAUGUUGUCUCAGGGUGCCAAGCUCAGUGCAGUGGACGCCUUACUUUAUUUGGUGUUCCUACUAUUUAUGGGCAGUCGUGUCGCUUACUAUCAAGCGAGGAAUAUGCUCGGUUCCUUAUUCAGUUGCAAUAAAUAUUUAAUAAAUUAAAUAUGACGGUAGUUUUCAAUCAUAUGGUUAACAAGUCUGUUAAAUUUGGUGCUGAUUUUGAAUUAUUGCUUUAAUUAUUUAUACAUUGCUUGCACAGCGUGCCUAUGUUCGGGUGUUGAACCAUGUGCAUAUAUUAAAACUGCAGCAAACAUGUCUAGGAAAA